AUUAAAAAGUCGUUAUAAAUUAUUAUUUUUUAUUUUUUACACGUAUAUUUUUAUAAAAAUUAUUAAAAUAAUUGAUUUCCUUUAACAUUUCUCAUGUUUUUGUCUAGACCAAACAUGUCUAAUGACCAAAGCCGAAACAUAUAUAAACACUGGGCCUGGAGGGUCGAACUGACUUGAACCGAACGGCUCGCUCGUCUACUCACUCGGUCGCGUCACUUCGUCUUCCCUAAAAAAUGUCGAUCAUUCAAAUGUCUCUCUCAAUCAAAACACUCCCAUCCUGUAACUUCUCAUCAUCUAGGGUUUUAUCUUCCCCUCACCACGUCUCUCUCACCUCCAAUCUCCACCACCUCUCACUUCACACCACCAAAUCGCCGCCGAUUCGCAUGGGCGGCGGUCCGAGAACCUUCCCCGGCGGUGUCUCGAAGUGGGAGUGGAAGCGAAUGCAGGAGAAGAAGGCCAAGCACCUCCUCAAGUCCCGCCUCGUCCGCGAACGCCAGAUCUACGAAAUUCGAAAGCGUGCAGAGCUGAAAUCGGCUGUCUCCGAGCUCGAGCGGCCAUGGGAGGUUGUCAAGAAACCGCCGUGGCUUCUCUCCGUGAGUGCUGAUGAACAAGUAAAGGUGUUGGCUGAUAGGUUUCAGAGACCCGGUGGGUUCGAUUUGUGGUCUGAGAAAGAUGGUCCACAGUUGUUUAUGGCGAUCGAUGGAGUCUCCGAGACUAGGUUGAACAAUUUGGAAAAUUUGGAACCUAAAAAUGGUGUCGAGAGAAGUGGGUUUAACAAAUUAGGGAGAUUGAGAGAUAGGUCAAGGAGUGGAGGUCAGGUUGAGGAAAAGAAUUUGGCGAAAUCAGCAGUGGAUGGAAAUGGAAAGGGUUCUAGUGGUGAAUUUAGGAAGAUGGGGAAAAUGAGAAGGUUUGGGGUUGACCAUGGGAACAAUUUGAAUGGGUUGGCUUCAGGAGGAGUUGGUGUAAUUGAGGAACAAAAAAAAGGAGACUACGGCCAAGCGCAAUGGCGAUAACCGGCUUAGGACUUGUCUAGAAUGAUCUAAAUAAGUGUAUUUUUUAUCUUUUUAUGAAAAGAUGUGCAGAAAAGUAGAGAGAUGAUGUGAUGAAAAAAAGAUAAAAAGAUAAAAAGUGUGUAUUUAUUUAGGAUAGCCAAACUUGACCUUAGUAAGGGAGGUGAUUCGCAGAAAUCGAGAGAUUUGAAUUCAACAUAGUAUAUGAUAUGUUUUUGCAAAUAAGAGCUAAAAUGCAGUUAAAACUAGGGCAAUCUAGCUUUUGUUUUGAUGGUGGGAUAGAAAAAUGUGGAAUGAGAAUGUGAAUGAGAGUGAAUUUCAAGAAUUGCCUACCAAUUCUUGAUUCAGAGUUCUUAAGCUGUACAUUGAAGUGAUUUCUGAGUCUUUCUCAUUAGACGAUGGUCUGGCAAUAACAUCAUUGUUCCAAAAGAAGUGCAUGUGUAUAUUCAUAUCGGGCUCUAACAUCUGGUAUGUGCACGCAGUGCAUUGUAUACCGAGUCUUGUUUAUUUAAGUAAUAAUAUUGUUGUUUAGUCAUACUAUU